CAGUUGAAGACCUCGAGGGACAUCUACACAUAAGCUGUUGUCGUCAUCGUUGAGGCGACUACCCAUUGGAGGUUGUAGAGAGAAUAAUAUCCCAACAUCUUCCAAAACACAUUUCUUGCAUUCAUACUGUGCAGGCGUUGUGUGACAGAGAUGGGCAUGCCAUUACUUGAGCUUCUGUGUCAUGCCCAAAUAGUCGUGGCAUUAGUUAAGGUCGUCGUAGCGUCUCUGUGUGAACCAACGGAGCUGGUAUUUACACCUCUGUCUGACUACGUUGAUAAGAAGCCGACCACAGGCAUCAAGGCCCAGAAACAGGUGGCCAACCGUUUGAUGUGUCUCUACGCCUGUUUCGGCGUCAACUACACACGUUCUGUUUUCUACACUGAAUCCACAAGCAACUGUUACUGCUGCAACGAACCUCCAUUGUCCCUGAAUCUAGAGAUUGGAGCAGGGACUACAUGUCUGCAAAACGCCGGUUAUGUUGAAACCUGGAUGACGACGGUGAUUGAUGUGUCGUCGCAAUUCCUUAACACUGAUCCACGGUUCCUAGCAACACAGAUGCUUGGGCCUUCUGAUGUCUACCCAAAUUAUGGCGAUAUACAGGGGACAUGGUGUGCCAAUUUCAUUGAUGAUAAACAGUGGAUAGCGGUGGGCAUCUCGGAACCAAUGUUCGUAGAUCAAGUGUACAUUUACGAAACCUUUCAUGCUGGCGGCCUUCAGAACCUGUCUGUGCGAGAUACGUCCAACACAUGGCACCUGGUCUGGGCAACACCACAGAUUACGGACAUCCCACAAAGCAGGAUCUUUGCGCCAGAGUUCCAGUCACCUUCAUUCAAAGUGACUGGGUUCCGUCUUCAUGUAGACAUGACUGUGGCUAGUGGCUGGGUGCAGCUGGAUGCGAUGCUGGCAGUGGGUCGGAAAUAAGGCACACUGAGAGACCCUAGUGCAACCGCAGAAACAUGGAAUCGAUAUUGUUUGCAACAACCCCAAAUGAUGACAAAAUGCAUCAGUAAACAAACCUUGCAAACAAACCCAAACCGACCGUGCAGUUUUUGAAUGCUGAUAUUACUUGAAACAAAACACUUUUAGCAGGUUGUCACCGUCCAGGUAUCGCACUGAAACAUUUCCCUGUUGAGAAAAUAGGGAACGUUGCAUGGAUUAUCAAGACAAAUGCAGGUCUUUGCAUUCAGCGAGGUUACAUCAAGGUUCUCUCUCUGAGGUAGUCCAUCGACGCUGAAGGUUAUGUAAAAUGCUGUUACAAUCGAUAAUUGAACAAUGUACAUUUGUUUACGUACGUUACUUGACCUUCUGUUUGUCUUUUUUGUAUCCCUGCACAUGUAACUGAAGCUUCAGAUCUUCUUUAAGAAUAAACGUUUUCAAUUGAA